AUGAAGUACUUCAAUCAUGCGUUCCUCGCACUUGCCUACGCCGCGUUGGCGUCUUCCGCAGCAACACCAGCGUCACCUGCCGCUGGCGCAGCAGCCAUAUGUGGCGAUCUCGGCAUUCUCAACAUCGCACCAGGGGACCUGCCAGAGGGGGUAGAACCUUCUGACCUACGUCUCUGCGCCAACCAUCCAAUGGGCCGCAAUCGAACCUUGGAUCCUCUUGAAGGAGCAUCCCUGGCCCCCAUGGAAGAAGAGGACAUAGAUCCUGACACGACUGCUGCCCCUUCGGCCAGCCUGUUUGAAGAAAGGGCUUGUUACUACAAAGCUCCGUAUGGAUGCUCUCGGGGUUAUUGCUGGAAACAGUGUGGAAAAUCAAGGAGUGGCCAGUGGUGCUGGACUGCCUCCGGCAUGGGAGGUGGUCCAUGGAACAAAUGUGACAAGUACGAAGACUGCGGAACAAACAGGCUCACCCAUGCCUGUGUGUCCAAAGACAGAGAGUUCCAGGAUUCUGAUUAG